UUUUUACCUUGCACCUGGCCAUAGCAACUUAUUUAGCGGUUUACUUUCAAGCCGUAAUUAAUAUUUGAUGUUGAUGAUCACAGGAGUUCCGAACUAGACUAAAGAUCUAGAAUCUAGAUUUACUUAGCCCAGUGAAAGUUUGAUAAACAAAAUAUGGCAGAAAAUUCGAAUAGAAACGCCGCUUGUAAGCCUCAAUUUGAAAACCCCUGCCCUCCCAACAUAAAAAAAGCUUGUCCUGCACAGAAUGAGAAAGAAACAAAAACUGAGACCGAGUCCUGUCCUAAAACGGAAGAUAAGACAGAAGUCAAAGAAAAAAAAUGUAGAUUCAACCCUGGUUUUGAUGCUAGAUUUCCUAAUACAAAUCAGACCAGGAGAUGUUGGCAGAACUAUGUUGACUACUUUCGCUGUCAUGAAAGGUAUGGAGAAGAACAUGAGCCAUGUGAAUAUUUCAAAAAAGUUUAUAAAACUUUAUGCCCAGACUUUUGGAAUGAACAGUGGGAUGAUCAGAGAGAGAACAAUACUUUUCCAUGGCCACACAGGAGGUAGAGAGUAACAGAAAGAACCAGCAAGUUUUCACAAUUUCAAUUACUUUUUAACUUUUUUCAGAUUGAAUAAAGACAAAAUAUUUU